AUGGCAUCAACUGCGAAAACCACGAAGAACAAAGAAGUCUCGGAAGCCAAGGAGACCACAAAGAUAAAUCCGCGACCGAAAAAGCUCAAAUGUUUUCGCAUUCAAGGAAUACCGAUCGGAAAAACGAAAGAAUCUUUGGAAAAAGAGCUUAGAGACAGUUUACCAAUGUAUAAAUCCGAUUGCUAUCUGACGUUAGCAAAUUCAUCUUCCUCCAAGUCGAUGGCAACGCUUAAUUCAUUUGAAAAUCCGGGGAAAUUUUUGCCAACGUAUUAUACCGUCGAUGACAAUUUCCUUGGAAUCACUCCUCUUUUUGAAGGCGAUAACGCAUCCGUUGAACCCAUUAUUUUCGUAGCUCAUAGCCUUGGAGGUUUGCUAGUCAAAGAAGCAUUAUAUAUAGCUCUGAUGGGCAGUGAGAACCCCGAAAACCGUGAUUUUUUCAAAUCAUCUUACGGUUUAAUGUUCUUUGGGGUUCCUAACUUAGGGCUUAACAACAAAUCCCUCAUGCAGAUUGUAGCCGGAGGACUUAACGAACAAAUGAUUAAGGAUCUCCAAGUGAAUGACGAAGAUCAUGAACCAACUCAGUUCUUAAGCACGAUUAAACAGAAAUUUAAACAAUGCUGCAGGGAAGGUCAGUUUCAGAUAAGAUCUUAUUACGAGUUGAGGGAGACUCAGAUGGUUAGAAAGUUGGACAAUGGAUUGUUGGUGAAGGAUGGACCGCUUUGCUACAUGGUUUCGAAGAAUUCGGCUUGUCAAAUCGGCUUCAAUGACAACUUUUGCUACGAAGAGGGACUCCUUAGAGAUCAUUCAGAUCUGGUCAAAUUCUCUAAUCAGUAUGAUGAUGAUUACAAGCGAGUACUUGAUUCAUUAAAAGGGCUUGUUGAUAAAGCGCCUAAUAUUGCUGAAGCAAGGUUUGCUUCAAUUAAAAAUGAAAAGUGCCAUUGGGAUGACCUAAAUGAUCCUCCUUAUACAAGUUUCAAGGAGUCAAAUAAAGUACAAACAGCAGUUAAGGGAACUCUACAAUGGUUGAUCGAUGAUCAAACAUUGCCAGAUGAAAACUGCACUGAUGGUCUUCAAGCAAAAGACUUUAUUAAAUGGCGGGACUCUGAGAAAUCAAACUUUUUGUUGGUGAUCGGAACACCUGGCCAGGGAAAGUCUGUGCUAUCUAAUUUCGUGGUGGAUCAUCUCAAAGACCGGAUUGACCAACAAAGCUCUAAUAGUAAAAUUAUCUACUAUUUUUGCAAUAUCAAAAACGAAGAAAGGUUUCGAACAGCAUCAGCCAUUUUUCGGUCUCUCAUUGUUCAACUUUGCGAAGAUCAAAGAUUAUACCAAAGGCUUCCACAAAAUUUAAAGGAUACAUCCAAAAAAUUCGCCACAGAAUCGUUUGCUAAACUUGGGAAUAUUUUUCAUGAUAUGAUCACAAAAAACCCAUACGAUCGUGUUUACUGCAUCAUUGAUGGACUUGAUGUAUAUAGUACAGAUAUUGAAGAUCUACUUCAAUAUUUGGAUAAACACUUCGCUCUAGAGGAACGCAACAUUAAUAGAAAGCCUCUUUUUCAACUGUUUUGUACAAGCAGACCAGAAUGGGUAACAAGCAUUAAAUUCUCACACAAGAAGAUACUUCGUGCUUCUACAGACGACUUAACGCUCUUCAUCAACUUUGAGUUGUCCUUAUUCGAAGAGGAAGAUGGAUUUAGAGAUGAUAUGAAGAAAAUCAUUACUAAGGCUGCACAAGCAGAAGAGAAAAGAACAUUCCUUUGGAUAAGUAUAGUUCUCCGCGAGCUUCGAAAAAUUCCAUCACCAUCUAUCGAUGAGAUUGAGAACAAAAUAAAACAGAUUCCAUUAGAGCUCGACGCUUUGUACAAGAAUCUUGUUCAGAAAUUGUUAACAACCCCAAAAUACGGGGUAAUAUUAGCUUGGAUAACAUAUGCAGUACGUCCACUACAUUUUCGGGAACUGGAAGAUGCUCUUGCUGUUAGUAUGACGAAAGGCGCGAGAAGUUUAAAAGAUUGCGAAAAAAAAAGAAUCGUUUUAAAUUCUAAAGUUAUUCAAACAAAUCUAGGCAGCUUGAUAGAUGUCAUUGGCCCGAACCCUUUUCUAAUCCAUCAAACAUUACGAGAUUUUCUGAAAAGAUCGGGCAUAUUGGAAAAAGCAGAGAUAUUGGAUCAAUUUAAACGACCGGGAAUUCUCCUCGCCAAUACCUGUAUAUCUUAUCUGCAUUUUGAGGAUAUUGUGGAAUCAAGAACGGGAGAUGAGGACGACUUCCUUUCCUACGCCGCAAACUACUGGUAUGAACAUAUUGAUACAUUAGAAGAAGCGCAAGACAAUAUAGAACAACUGGAAUCUGUGUUAAAUGCAAAAGGUCAGGCGCUCUGGGAAUGGCUAGCAAAAGUCGUCACAAGUACGAUCCCCAACAGAUUAACAGAAGAGUUAGGUGAUAGUUAUAUUGUUCCUGCUGCUAAGUCAAGCAUAAACGUAUUUCGAGAAUUGCUAAAUUGGCCAUAUUCAGAGAGAGUAUUAAUUACGGAAGAGGUGGUGAAGGCAGCAGCAGGGAAUCUGUGGAGUGGAAAGGAGGUGAUGAUGCUUUUGCUUGAUAAACGAGGGGCAGAUGUAGUCAUUACGGAAGAGGUGGUGAAGGCAGCAGCGGAGAAUUGGGAGAGUGGAACGAAGGUGAUGAUGCUUUUGCUUGAAAAACGAGGGGCAGAUAUGGUAAUCACUGAAAAGAUGGUGAAGAUAAUAGCAGGUCAAUGUGAAAAAGAGGUGAUGAUGCUUUUGCUUGAGAAACGAGGGGCAGAUGUGAUCAUUACGGAAGAGGUGGUGAAGGCAGCAGCGUGGAAUGAAGAGAGUGGAAAAGAGGUAAUGAUGCUUUUGCUUGAGAAACGAGGGGCAGAUAUGGUAAUCACUGAAGAGAUAGUGGAGAUAAUAGCAGGUCAAUGUGAAAAAGAGGUGAUGAUGCUUUUGCUUGAGAAACGAGGGGCAGAUAUGGUAAUCACUGAAGAGAUAGUGGAGAUAAUAGCAGGUCGAUAUGAAAAAGAGGUGAUGAUAUUUUUGCUUGAUAAACGAGGGGCAGAUGUGGUUAUUACGGAAGAGGUGGUGAAGGCAGCAGCAGGGAAUUUUUGGAGUGGAAAGGAGGUGAUGAUGCUUUUGCUUGAGAAACGAGGGGCAGAUGUGGUAAUUACGGAAGAGGUGAUGAAGGCAGCAGCGGGGAAUUUGGAGAGUGGAAAGGAGGUGAUGAUGCUUUUGCUUGAGAAACGAGGGGCAGAUAUGGUAAUCACUGAAGAGAUAGUGGAGAUAAUAGCAGGUCGAUAUGAAAAAGAGGUGAUGAUAUUUUUGCUUGAUAAACGAGGGGUAGAUGUGGUUAUUACGGAAGAGAUGGUGAAGGCAGCAGUUGGGAAUAAAUAUAGUGGAGAAAAGGUGAUGAUAUUUUUGCUUGAUAAACGAGGGGUAGAUGUGGUUAUUACGGAAGAGGUGGUGAAGGCAGCAGCUGGGAAUAAAUAUAGUGGAGAAAAGGUGAUGAUGCUUUUGCUUGAGAAACGAGGGGCAGAUGUGGUCAUUACGGAAGAGGUGGUGAAGGCAGCAGCUGGGAAUAAAUAUAGUGGAGAAAAGGUGAUGAUGCUUUUGCUUGAGAAACGAGGGGCAGAUGUGGUCAUUACGGAAGAGGUGGUGAAGGCAGCAGCUGGGAAUAAAUAUAGUGGAGAAAAGGUGAUGAUGCUUUUGCUUGAUAAAUGA